CGUCGCUGACGGAGCUCGCGGUGUUUUUUCUUCUCUUCUGUUGACGUCAGAGCCGCGCAGCAAUAAUGUCUUCCGAUCUGCCGCUAAAAGACUUUAUCAACAACGUGUUCACUGAAGCUGCUGAAAAAAUACUCCGACAUUUCGAAGAAAGCAGCGUUCAACAUGAGGAAGAGCUCCGUCGUCAGAGCAGACUGCUGGAAAUCCUCUCUGACCCACAGACGAGGCCUCAAACUCUCCUUCUCCCCCAGUAUUUUCUGAGGAACCAGGAGAGGAACUCCAAUGUGAUGAUGAAGGACACAGAACCUCGACUCAUUAACGGGCAUCAGGAGGAGCUCUACAGAUGCCAGGAUGUAGAGCAGUUGGAUCUGGAGCAGGAGAUGGAUAGCUUGAUGGUGACUUCUACUUAUGAGGAAAAUGAAGCAGAUCUCAACUGUCAGCAGCUCAUAACUCAGAGUUUAGGUACAACUGAUAAUCAGAAGGAAGAAGGAAAUCAGCAUGAAAAAUCUACAUCGACCAAAGACGGAGAGACAAACUUACAGAAAAAAGAUAAGAGAAAAAGAAACUGUGUCAAAAACAUGAGCACCAUGAAUGUGUCAGACAUUAAGAGUAACGUUUGCAAUAAGGAAAAGUCAGAAAAGCAUGAUGUUGUUCAAAAAAACUCUAAGAAAAAGACUCCAAUGCAAAAACAUUUCAGAGCAAAAAUGUUAAAAACACAUUGUUGUGAAAAACCUGGAAAAAGGGUCACAACUGCAAACCUUUGUAUCCACACAGGACAAAAGCCUUUUUCCUGCAAAGAAUGUUCUAAAAGUUUUAAUCGUGCACAUAGCCUUAUGAGACACAUGAUAGUACACACAGGAGAAAAGCCUUUUUCCUGUUCAAAAUGUGGUAAAAGUUUUGGUUAUGCAAAAAGCCUAAAUCUUCACAUGAAAAAACAUGUAGGAAAAAAGCCUUUCACCUGUAAAGAAUGUACUAAAAGCUUUAAUCGUGCACAUAGCCUUAUGAGACACAUGAUAGUACACACAGGAGAAAAGCCUUUUUCCUGUUCAAAAUGUGGUAAACGUUUUGGUUAUGCAAAAAGCCUAAAUCUCCACAUGAGAAAACAUGUAGGAGAAAAUCCUUUCUCCUGUAAAGAAUGUACUAAAAGCUUUAAUCGUGCAUAUAACCUCAUGAGACACAUGAGGGUCCACACAGGAGAAAAGCCUUUUUCCUGUUCAAAAUGUGGUAAACGUUUUGGUUAUGCAAAAAGCCUAAAUCUUCACAUGAGAAAACAUGUAGGAGAAAAGCCUUUUUCCUGUGAAGAAUGUGGUAGAAGGUUUGCUCAUGCAAGAAGCCUAACUAUUCACAUGAGAAUACAUAGAGGGGAAAAGUCGUUUAUCUGUAAAGAAUGUGGUAGAAGUUUUAAUCUUGCACAAAACCUUAUUAGACACAUGAUAAUCCACACAGGAGAAAAGCCUUUUUCCUGUGAAGAAUGUGGUAAAAGCUUUGGUUAUGCAAGAAGCCUAACUAAUCAUAUGAGAAUCCACACAGGAGAAAAGCCUUUUCGGUGUGAAGAUUGUGGCAGACGUUUCAUUUGCGCAGAAUACCUUACUAACCACAUGAGAAUCCACACAGGAGAAAAGCCUUUUUCCUGUAAAAAAUGUGGUAAAAGGUUUGGUCGUACACAAAACCUCUGUAGACAUAUGAGAAUCCACACUGGAGAAAAGCCUUUUUCCUGUGGAGAAUGUGGUAGAGGUUUUACUUGUUCAAGUGCCCUUAUUGUUCACAUGCGGAUCCACACAGGAGAAAGGCCGUUUUCCUGUGGAAAAUGUGAUAGAAGUUUUGCUGCUUCAAGCAGUCUAACUAGACACAUGAGAAUCCACACAAGAGAAAAGCCUUUUUUUCCUGUAAAGAAUGUGGUUGAAGUUCCAGUUGUAGACAAAACCUAACUAGAGACAUGACAAUUCACACAGGAGACAAUUAUGUUUUAAGAUAAGAAUUUGGUUGACAUUUCUCUCAAAGUUAUAACCACCAAUAUCAUACCAGAUGUCAAGACAUUAUCAGUUUUCACAUUUUUUUUCCAUAGAACUUAAAAAAACAUGCAAAUCAUCAGCAGUCAGAAGGUUUUGAUAGACUGCAUUCUACUUCUCUAAAUAAUCAGUUCACCGUUAGUUCAAAAUUAUGCUGUGUCCUUUAAAUGUACAUGGUUUUGAAUUAUCCCUAUUAUUCAGUAGCUGAGUAGUUUAUCUUAGAAAAUGUUGAUCAGCUUUAGUUAUGGUAUCAAUUAGGGAUGUCCAGAUCUGAUAACAUGAUCUGAAAUUGGGCUCGAUCAUGUAGCUUUAGGGAGUAUAAAGGUUUUCUUAAUCUUAUUCAGACUGGCACAUUUAGUCCGCUUAAAGUGAACUAGAGUUUGUUUCCCCUGAAAUUGCAUAACAAAGUCUGAGUCUGAAUACGUACAAAUUAAUCCUGGUCCCGGACCAGGAACCGCCCUCUGACCCAUCUUUCAGGGUGGUCUCGGUUCGUUCCAACAUUCCUCAGUCUGAAUACAAGAAUAACAGAGAGCGGAAUAACUGAACCAAACAGCCACCGUAGCUGGUUGUCAUGUGAUGUAAACAGUGUAGGUAUAAUGCAAUGGAUGAGCUGCAGAUAAAUGUAAAGGAACAAUGAUCAUGUUAUCAAAAAAGGAAGUAGUUGUUUUAACGGAUUUCUUGUUAGAGCGUUCAUUUUAACCAAGCUAGAAGCCCUUAUUACUCCCCUUUCCUGUCUCGGUUAGAGCUGCCACGAUUAGUUGGCUAAUCAACGACUAAUGGACUAUUAAAAUAGUCAGCGACUAAUUUAAUACUCAAUUAGUCAUUACUUUAUAUUGCAUGGAGUCAGAGUGCAUUAUUGGCAUUAUGCUAGUUUUUUGGAUUAUUUGGGGUUUUUAGGCUAAUUUGGAGUUUAGCUAAUAUUUCAGCUGCAUGCUAGCUGUUUGUGACCCACAUUGAUUCUACCGACGUGUUUUUUAGCGUGUGUACCUGUAGCUUCCCCAGUAACCGCCAUGCAGGAUUCCUCCACAGUUUCAAAGCAGCAGUAAAAGUGUUGAAUCUAGCCAUAAAACAGAUGCUCAAAAUGUAUCUGCCAAGUAUAAAGUUUGAAGAAGUGAAAAAUUCAGCCAAGGAUUUGCAAACCGUAGAUCCUUCAUCUUUCUUUUCUUGCUUUGACCUGCCCCUGUAACUGCUGGCCAAAGACUGAAGUGAUCUUCAGUCACGUGGUUUUGUUUAGAAGAUUUGGUCUAAACAAAACUGCAAAAUUUCAAACAGAAUUCUCCGUUAGACGCCAGUUUUAAUUCACACAAAAUCCAAUCUUCAGGACUCAAGCUGAACUAAUGGACUUUCCAAGUCUGAAUACACCUUUAGAUUUGAUUGGAAUCUUUUGUAUUGGCCCUAUCAGGCAUUAGCGGUCUUAUCCGUGCAUUGAGUCCAUUAGCCUAAAAAAAGGGGAAAAAAAGCCUAAAUUAGCCAAAAUAGCUAGCAUGUAGCUGAAAUAUUGCCUAAACUGCAAAAUAGCCUAAAAAACAACAAAAAAGCAUAAAUCAGC